AUGGCCACCGGCGGCACGUCAGGAGAGCACAAUGGUGGAAGCGUGAUUUCUACAAGGAUUUAUCUUGUGUGCAGUGAUUUCUACCCAACUUCAUCACCAGACUUGGAAGGGUUCAGAGGGCAGGCUUUGGGGAGAUUUGAGACCUCAGGUGGUGGUGCAGGAAAGUCAAAGAAGAAGACCUUUGUGAUUGAUGAUGAUGAGUAUUCUAUGGAAGAGCCUGUUGCUGUUCAGGAAGAGGAAGUAGCAGCACCAGUGGUUAAUAGAAUGGUUAAAAAGGGAAAUUCAAAGAAAAUAGAAGCUAAGGAUGAUGAAGAUGAGGUGGAGGAGACAGAGGAUGUAGAAGAUGAUGAUAAUGAGGCUUUUACUUCAAAAUUUUCUGGUAAAAAGAAAGGAAAAGCCAAGAAAGGAGGGAAUAAUAAUAAUCCAUUUAGUGCUUCAGGUUUUGGCUUACUUGGAGAGGGAGACGACGAGGAUAAUGAAGAUUUAGAUCUGACAAAGGGUAGUGAAGAAGAAGGGAACAGUUUCUUGGCAUUCACCGGGAAAAAGAAGCCCUCAAAAUCAAAAAAGGGCAGUGGUGUCAGUGGAAUCAUGUUUAGCCCAUCUGUAUUUGGCUCAAUUGCUGAUGAUGAGGACGAAGGUGGGGAAGUUGAUGAUAAUGAGAAUGAGCCAGUGAUCUCAUUUUCUGGGAAGAAGAAGCCUGCAAAAAGUAAGAAGAAUGAUGGGACUAUGUUUUCCUCUGCUAGCUUCAAUUUGUUGGAUGAAGUGAAAGAUGGGGAUCAAGAUAAAUAUGAGAGAUUUGAUGAGGAUGAUAAGGAUGCUAUGGCUAUUACUUUUGCUGGUAAGAAGAAGUCGUCCAAGGGUUUGAAAAAGAGUGCAGGAAAUUCAUUUAGGGUGGCUCUGCUUGAUGAAGAAAUUGACGAGGAUACUUCUGUUUCAAAGCCCGAUGUUAAUUUUGAAGAAGGUGAUACCGUCUAUGAGGGGGAAGAUGUCUCAGUGAUUAAAUUUUCUGGUAAGAAGAAGUCGUCUAAGAAGAAGAAUAUCAGUACAUAUACUGCGUUGGAAAUUGGGGUAGGAGAUGAGUCUUCAGAAAUCAUAGAACCUGAUCAGAGCAGUGUGAGCAUCAGUAGUAAAGAAGCCGAGGAGUCAAAAAGUAAGAAGCAGACAAUUGAAGAUGUAGCAGAAACUUCAAAGAAUAAAAAGAAGAAAAAGAAGGGUGGGAGAACUGCUCAAGAAGAGGUAGACCUUGACAAGAUUCUAGAAGAGCUUGGUGAAGCACCCUCAGUGUCUAAACCUUCUCCCACUCUGCUUGCAGCUUCAGCUGGGCUUCCACAAGAGGAGAAAGUUCAAAGCCAGCCUCAACCGGAAGAUGGGGCUGGUGAAAAGGAAGCCGAUGAGGAAGGGCCUGUAGAGUCUGCAGCUGCAAAGAAGAAGAAAAAGAAGAAGGAAAAAGAAAAAGAGAAAAAGGCAGCUGCCGCUGUGGCAGCUGCUGAUGGCCCUUUAGUGGAAGAAAAGAAGGAUGAAACAAAGGGUAAAGUUCCCGAUAAGAAAGUUUCAAAGCAAGUUAGGGAGAUGCAAGAGAGAAUUGCAAAACAGAAGGAAGCUGCAGAGAGGAAGAAGAAGGAAGAAGAGGAGAGAUUAAGGAAGGAAGAAGAGGAGCGCCAGAAGCAGGAAGAGCUGGAAAGGUUAGCUGAAGAGAGAAAGCGCUUAAAAAAAGAAAAGGAAAAGGAGAAGACUUUGAAGAAAAAACUAGAGGGGAAACUAUUAACUGGGAAGCAAAAAGAAGAAGCUCGUAGGAGGGAGGCAAUGCGGAACCAAAUUCUUUCUAAUGCUGGUUUGCAGUUGCCUGCUGGCGACACUGCUGGACCAUCAGCUAAGCGGCCAUUGUAUCAGAAGAAAAAGUCAAAGACACAAGCUCGGGCAAAUGGAGCAGCCUCUGGAGAGGGUGUUGUGUGUUUAGAAGCAGAAGAAAACCAGCAGGAAAAUAAAGGUAAAGAACUCGUGGAAGAAGCUGAGGAUGUUGAGGAAGUGGAAUCUGAAUUAGCUGAGAAGCUCGAGGAAUUGAAUUUAACGAAUAUAGAGGAGAAAGGUGAAGUUACUGAUGUUGUAAUGAAUGGAGUUGACGAAGAAGACGAUGAUGAAGAAUGGGAUGCUAAAAGUUGGGACGAUGCUGAUCUUAAGUUGCCAGGUAAAAAUGCAUUUGCUGAUGAAGAGGUUGACUCAGAGCCUGAACCUCUAGGUAAGAAAGAGAUAAGAAGUGCUCGACCUUCUACUAAUGAUGCUGUGCUGCCUCCUGCAGCAGCCAAGCCAGUAGUUACAACGCCAAAAGCCACCUCAGUUUUGCCACAUAUACCUCAGAAUGUGCAAAGUAAGAAUGACGAUCCUGAAACUGAGGGUAUAGACAAGAAAAAAAGAAAAGUUGUUAAGAAGGAAGCAAAAUCGGAUGUCCCAAGCUUGAGUGAAAAAAGUCUUCGGUCGCCCAUAUGCUGCAUAAUGGGGCAUGUGGACACUGGUAAAACAAAGCUGCUUGAUUGUAUAAGAGGCACUAAUGUCCAAGAAGGUGAGGCUGGUGGGAUUACCCAGCAAAUUGGCGCAACAUAUUUUCCUGCUGAGAAUAUUCGAGAGAGAACCAAGGAACUGAAAGCUGAUGCCAAAUUGAAUGUUCCAGGACUAUUAGUGAUUGAUACUCCAGGACACGAGUCCUUUUCUAAUCUGCGUUCUCGAGGUUCAGGAUUAUGUGAUAUUGCAAUAUUGGUUGUUGACAUAAUGCAUGGUUUGGAACCACAGACUAUCGAGUCUCUGAAUCUUCUGAAGAUGAGAACUACAGAAUUUAUAGUUGCCUUGAAUAAAGUUGAUAGACUGUACGGCUGGAAAACUUGUCGUAAUGCACCAAUUGUUAAGACAAUGAAGCAACAGUCAAAAGAUGUACAAAUCGAAUUCAAUAUGAGGCUUACUCAGGUUGUAACUCAGUUCAAGGAGCAAGGGAUAAAUACUGAGUUGUAUUAUAAGAAUAAAGAAAUGGGGGAGACAUUCAGUAUUGUUCCGACGAGUGCAAUUAGUGGUGAAGGCAUCCCUGACUUGUUACUACUGCUAGUGCAAUGGGCUCAAAAAACUAUGGUCGAGAAACUUACAUACAGUAAUGAAGUGCAGUGUACCGUUUUGGAGGUUAAGGUUAUUGAAGGUCAUGGAACAACCAUUGAUGUGGUGUUAGUCAACGGCGUGCUUCAUGAAGGAGAUCAAAUAGUUGUUUGUGGGAUGCAGGGACCAAUUGUUACCACAAUCCGAGCAUUAUUGACUCCCCAUCCAAUGAAGGAGCUCAGAGUCAAGGGAACUUAUCUGCACCACAAAGAAAUCAAGGCUGCCCAGGGUAUCAAGAUUACUGGUCAGGGCCUUGAUCAUGCCAUUGCUGGCACUGCACUAUAUGUUGUGGGGCCAGAUGAUGAUUUGGAAGACAUCAAAGAAGCAGCCAUGGAAGAUAUGAAGUCAGUUAUGAGCCGGAUUGAUAAAAGUGGUGAAGGAGUUUAUGUUCAAGCAUCCACCCUUGGUUCUCUGGAGGCCUUGCUGGAGUUCUUGAAGACCCCAGAAGUAAAGAUACCUGUUAGUGGUAUAGGCAUAGGCCCCGUACAUAAGAAGGAUGUCAUGAAGGCAAGCGUCAUGCUAGAGAAGAAGAAAGAGUAUGCAACAAUUUUGGCUUUUGAUGUUAAAGUCACACCAGAGGCUCGGGAACUUGCAGAUGAACUUGGUGUCAAAAUAUUCAUUGCUGAUAUUAUAUAUCACUUAUUUGAUCAGUUCAAGGCCUAUAUUGAUAACCUCAAGGAGGAAAAGAAGCGGGAAAGCGCUGACGAUGCAGUAUUUCCUUGUGUUCUCAAGAUUAUGCCAAAUUGCGUCUUUAACAAGAAAGAUCCGAUUGUUUUAGGAGUGGAUGUUCUUGAAGGAAUUGUCAAGGUUGGAACUCCAAUUUGUGUUCCUCAAAAGGAUUUCAUUGACAUUGGUCGGAUUGCUUCAGUGGAGAAUAACCACAAGCCUGUGGACUAUGCCAAGAAAGGACAAAAAGUCGCUAUUAAGAUAGUUAGCAGCAGUUCCGAUGAACAGCAGAAGAUGUUUGGCAGGCAUUUUGAGAUCGAAGAUGAGCUUGUCAGCCGAAUUUCUAGAACAUCAAUUGAUGUUCUUAAAACUAAUUAUCGGGAUGACCUGUCUAAUGAAGAAUGGAGACUCUUGGAUGAAAGGACACAGUUGAAGGAAGAAGCUUGGACAGGAAGGCCAUUCUUCGGAAUUGCCAUUCGGGAUGGUGAUUACAGUUGCCUUCUGCACUUCUCUACGGUUUUGUUGUGUGUUUCUUCUGAUGCGAGAUUGGCUGGUAUAGAGGAAAAUAAUUAUGAAGAUGAUGUAUAUUUCCAUUGCAUGAUGAGAAGAGACUGUGGCUUUGGAGGCUAA